AUGAGUACCCCAGCUCCGAAGAGCAUGGACAUCAUCGACCCUGAUGGGGAUGUUCUCCUCAUCGUACCCGCACCCCAGGAGACUGACGAACGCCCGGCUCCUUCACGAUUUCUCGUCUCAUCGAAGUACCUCAUUUUGGGAUGCGAUUUUUUCGAAGCCCGGUUCGGGCCAAAUGGGCAGGACGGUCGAGAUCUUGAGGAAUAUGGCUCAGUCAAGAUUCAUCUGGAGACAACUGCCCAUAGCCCCGAAACAAUGCACAUUCUCUUGAGCAUCAUUCACGGAUUUCAACCAUGGAUCCCCGCUGGGUUUGACACCAUAGGCUUGUGGAAACUUGCCUUGGCCACACAUUACUUCCUGUGUUAUGAGGCUUUGCAAAGUUGGGGACUCUGGUACUGUCAACAGCUUGUCCCUACACUCCCCACGGAAUUCCCGCCUUCGUCAUGGAAGUUGAUCUUCAUUUCCUAUGUCUUCGGUCAUCACACUCUUUUUCGACACCUUACCAAGAUGGCUCAGCAGAGGGCCACUGGCUCAAUCUAUGCUGGCCCUUCGCCUAUUCCAAAAUGGAUUUUGCAAGAAAUCUUGGGCAAAAGAGACAAGUAUCUGAAGCGAUGCUUCGACCUCGUCUACGAACGAAUUGCCCAUCUGGCCUCCCCAUACAUCCACUGUACUCGGGCAUGCGACACGAAGAAAGCAGCGGCCCUGAUGCAGUACGUUAUGCAAUUCCAGCACCCGGGUCCCCUGAUGAUCUGUGAAACCGAGACAGUCACGUCAAGCUCGGGUUGCAGCCCUUUCUUGUUUUUCGAGGCCGCAAAAAGAUGGGUAAAUCCCGAGCAUGAAUCUCAUGCUUCCCCACUACCCUUGGUCCACGCCGCGGAUCCUUUGAACGAUACGCGCAGUGAUGUCGACAGCCCUCCUCGUGUUCCCCGCCACUUUUCGUGGAAUAAUACCGUCCAGUCUGUCCAUCCCCUGGUCGUCCCUCCAUGCACCCAUAAGGAUCUUCUAGGCGAAGAGCUGUCUCGCCAUUUGAUGCAAAUGGAGGACCAACUCCAGGGGAUCACAGGAAUUCUGGACAACUAUCCAGGGCGACAGUGA